AGCCGCAGCAGCCUGACGGGCCAGAGGAGCAGCCCAGAGAGCAGAGCUGAGCUGGAGGCCGAGCCGCAGCCAGGCUGGGGCAGAGUGGAGCUGGGGCUGGAGCUGGGGCUGGGGCUGGAGCCGCCCAGAGCCGGGUGCAGUGACCAGCUGGGGAGAGUGUGGGGGACCCUGGGCAGAGGGUCCAGCACAAGGAGAUGCCACCAGCCAAGACAGGGAUCAGGACCCUGAUGAGGGCCUGACGCUAUGAAGAAGGAUCCUACCACCUGGAGCCUGAGGGUGUGUGGGAACCGCCAGAGCAAGUGUCCAACCCGCAGCGUCCCUGCAGCACAGCCAGGGACUGGGCAGAAGAAACAGAUUGUGAACUAUCCUUACACUCGAGGGAUGACUGUUUGUGAUGUCCCUGAGCCCAUGGAGUGAAGUAACAAGGUUUACCUCCGUCCCAGAAAGAUGACUUUCUCCAGCCUGUGCUAUCCAGAAUGUGGGGUGGCCCGACCCAGUCCAGUUACUGGCAGUGCCAACGAGCCGUGCGUUAGGCAGUGCCCUGACUCCGAAGUGGUGAUCAGACCCUCACCGGUUGUUGUGACCAUUCCAGGACCAAUUCUCAGCAAUUUCCCUCAGCAGAGUGAAGUAGCAGCCGUAGGAGCACCUGUGGUCGGAGCCGGUUUUGGAGGCUCAUUUGGUUUGGGAGGAUUGUACGGCUAUGGAGGCCAUUACGGAGGAUUGUAUGGUUUAGGGAGAUUAGGUGGUUAUGGGGGCCAUUACGGUUAUGGGGGAUUAUUGGGCUAUGGGGGACACUGCGGUUACCCAGGUCUUUACGGUUACAGGGGAUUAUUGGGCCAUGGGGGAUACUGUGGUUACCCGGGCCUUUAUGGUUAUGGGGGAUUAUGUGGUUCCGGGGUAUCUUGCCAUAGGUACCUCAGUGGAAGCUUUGGGCCAUGUUAAACCUGCCAGGAAUAUUCGUGGAAGAAGGAAGAAUCAGGAAUUGAACAGCAAGAUACAGAUUCACCCCUGACCUUUUGGGCAUGGCUUUCAGAAGUGCUGUGCAAACAGGGCUCCAGCUGAACUCAGUGGAGCUGUGUGUGCUCAGCACCUUGGGCUGACAGCCAUGCUGCAUUUCUAAUGUUAUGCUUUAUGACUCUUUCUGCCAAGGCUUUCCCACCCGUGUGCUGAUUCUCACUUUCACAUGUGGACUCAAUCUGAAUUACACACAGGUUGUUCCACCAAAGCAAACAGAACAUGAAAUGCGCCCCACUGAGGCGUGUAACCAGUCGUAGCCCUUUCUGAAACACUGGAAAUACAUUCUUUCUGCUCUGUAGUAUUUCUUUCUGUAACUGUGUA